ACGCCAUUAUUGAAAAACACACGCCUCUCUCUCUCUCUCUCUCUCUCUCUAGCUGUAUGUUCAUCUCCCCAACCAGAACAUACCAACUUGCGCUUCAGCUUUGCUCUGUCCAGGACAAGAGCAUCCAGAUUAAAGCAAAUCUCCUUUUCUUUUAACUUGUGAUUGGUUUUGUCUGAAGAAUAUUUUUUACCGAACAAAAGAAAAAAAAAACAUAUUCUAAAAGACUCAAACUUGGAAUAUUCCCUUUCUUCUCCCAUUUUUCUCUGUUUCUGUUUUUUUUUUCUUCUUCUCUGUUUUUCUGUAAUAACACAGAUUCAUCAACCAAAGGGUCUGCCUUUCUCAUCGGAUUUAAUCUGAUUCCGAUUGAAUUGAGUCUAAACUCUGUUGGGUUUUCAAUCUCUCGAUGAAUUGAAUUCAUCAGAAAGAUCGGUUUUUGUAGAUCUCGUCGUCUCCUCUGUUUUUAUUUUCUAUUUCUGUAAAGUAACGAACUUUGGGAAGCGUUUGGUGAUGGAUUUGGAUGAUUUUCGGUCGGUUAUGGAUAACGCAGGCGUCGAUGUCUGGACAUUUAUAGAUACAGCGAUCCUCGUUGCCUCCCUUGAUUACGGUCAAGAGCUGAAGCGGCGGAGAGAUAACAUCGUUGAGCGUCUCUACGCGACCUCCAUGGCUAACAAGUGUAGAAACUGCGACUUCGGUGGAGGCGGAGGAGAAGUUGCUAGGGCUAAUGGGAGUGUUCACGAGGAGGAGGAGGAAGAAGAAGUAAGAGAGAAAUCAGUUAAUGGCGAGGAUGAUGAUGAGGAGGAUGAUGGUUACGAUCCGUUUGCUGGUUUGUUUGAUGAUGAGCAGAAGAGUGUUCUUGAAAUCAAGGAGAGGCUUGAAGAUCCUGAUCUGUCGGAAGAAGAUUUGGUUGAGCUGCUUCAGAAUCUGGAUGAUAUGGAGAUAACAUUCCAAGCUCUCCAGGAAACUGAUAUUGGGAGGCAUGUGAAUAAAGUUCGGAAGCAUUCAUCGAACGAUGUUCGGACACUAGCUAAAAAACUUGUCAAAAAAUGGAAGGAGACAGUGGACGAGUGGGUCAAACUUAACCCGCCUGGUGAUCUCGAACCUCCAAGUUUGAUAGCUGAUGAGGACUCACCGCAGCAGAGAGCUAUCCGUAAUGGUAAUCGCCAACAGGUUCCUGAUUUUGGAUAUUCACCGGUUCCUCAGAGUACUCAGAAUGGGUAUUCAGGUUCAUCAAGCAAGAACAGUUACGUUAGCGAGCCAGAGAGAAAGCCAAGACCAGUUGCUCUUCCUCCUAGAAGAGAGUCUCCUUCUCCAGCUAAACAACCUUCUCGUCCCAUUCCGAGGGAGAAGGAGCACAAGGAAAUUGAUUUUGACUCGGCUAGGAAAAGACUGCAACAAAACUACCGACAAGCUGAGAAUGCUAAAAAGCAAAGGACCAUACAGGUGAUGGACAUUCAUGAGAUACCUAAACCUAAGAAAGGUGGAUUUUUUCCAAGAAGAGGCGGCAGUUCACAAGGAGGAGGUGGUAGACACUGGUGAAUUGAGUGAAAGAGAAAAGAUAAAACAGAGAGCAGAGUUCUGUUUUUGAGACACAAGAAGAAAGUGAAAUCUAAAAAUGUUUCUAGACUUUGGAGUUAAGUUGUUUUCCAUUUUGUUGUUACUAUAUUUUUAAGAAAAUUCUGAUUAAGAACAUAAUUUUCUUGGAUUUCAUGAAUAAUAGAUUCGAAAAACCAAGUUUAAGGUA